AUGUCUGGCCCAUUCGCCUUUGUUACACUCAUUUCGUCAGACUCCUAUCUUCCAGGGGCUCUUGUACUUGCUGCAAGUCUCAAAGAUGUGCAUCCGAGCCCUGCGGUUGCACCCGAAGUCGACUUCAAAACUGUCUGCCUUGUCACGCCAGAAACAGUCGAUGUUGCCUCUAUCAAGGCACUCAGAAAGGCCUUUGAUAUCGUCAUUGGCGUCGAAAUCCUCGAAGCGGAGAAUGCCACUGGCCUCAAACUCUUGGGCCGACCUGAUCUCAACACAGUUCUGACGAAGCUCCACGUUUUUCGUUUGACCGAGUUUUCGAAAAUAAUCUUCCUCGACGCAGACAUUCUCCCUCUCAAGCCCAUUUCCCACCUGUUCCUUACCCCGCAUGAAUUCUCCGCCUGUCCAGACAUUGGAUGGCCUGACAUCUUCAACUCGGGCCUUAUGUCCAAGGGCAGCUGGGAUGGUGCUGACCAAGGACUUCUCAACGAAUGGCGAGGAGGCGAUUGGAACCGUCUGAGCUUUACGUAUAACACGACCCCUUCGUCUGCGUAUACAUACGCGCCUGCCUACGAGAGGUUUGGACCUGCUGUUCGUGCCAUUCACUUCAUUGGACAGCACAAACCAUGGGCCUCGAUCCCCUGGAGAGCGCCAAUCGAACACCCAUCGGCGGAGUCGAUGCGGUCUUAUGGCUACAGCAAUUUGGUCGACCGUUGGUUUGCCGUCUAUGACAGACAUUACAGACCACCGCAAAUUGCGACCGAAGAGGAAUACCAAAUGCAACAUUACCCGGCUUCUUGGGAAACAGCUGCGUUUGAGGCAACCUCAUACGGACUCGGUCUGGAGGACCUGAAGAAGAUGGCUGUCCAAGGCGUCCUUUCGACAGCACCUGCCUCUGGAGAAGGAGAAUACAGAAGUCUACCUCUUGAAGGGCGGGUCGACCUCAUGCGGCCCCGGAAACCUGACCCAUUGCCGUCUGCCUAUUCCGAAGGCGUAGAACAAGACACACAGGGCGUUACUACUUUCCAGGCUCACAACGAACCCCCAGCAGAGGACUAUCGGCCUCCUGGCAGGGAAGGCUUGCCGAGUUACUUGUACAGGCCACCAACGCCACCACGUCAAAUUGCGCCGAGCACCGAGCCUCAGCAGUCUCCUGCUGAUACUGCUCAAGUCGCGUCUCCUGCGCCGCAUCAUGCAGAGCCUGUACCCUGGUGGCAACAACAGCCGCAGUAUAUGCAUGGAGAAGAACAUGUCCCUGAUUUUCGACCCCCUUCCCCUCCGAAGCUCACGUGGGACCCAUCUCGCGAGCCACCACCAAGCAAUCCACCACCAAUAAUUGCAUUGUCAUUUACUGAUCACCAGUAUCAAAACGUAUGGGAUCUCCCACCUCACCAGCCAUUGCACUCCCAGCAUACCACCUACCAGGACCCAUGGGCGCCAGCUUAUGUCAAUGAAAGAAGCAGUUCCCCAUUCUAUCCGCAACAGGAAUUUCAUUCUCCAUCUUAUCAUGUUUCGCCUCAUCAUUCACACGACUCGCAUGGUCAUCAACAUUAUCACCAACAUCAUGGCGACGACUCUGGGUUUGGUCAGAAUCAUCCUACAUCUCCGCCUGGAGGUGACUCAGCCUUUCGAACGAGCCCAGCGUAUCAUAGUUUCGGUCAUGGAUCUCAGGCAACUACUUAUUAUCAACGCUAUCAUGUCGCUGAUCACCACGAACCAUAUCCCCACCCGCAUCACAGACAGGACAGCCGCCAAGGUCAGCAUGAAGGCCACGACCACUUUGGCAGUCAUUAUCACCAUCAACAUCCACCUCGCCGUGAACCACGGCCAGAGGAUUUCUUCCAGGCACCCGCUCCGCCGAGCAUUCCGCAUAACCUCGUUCGCGAAGGUCACUACACGGCCGUGACAACGGACGAACCCAAACCUGAUAUCAAAAAGGUCGAACCAAUCUUCCCUUGGGAGCAACGCUCGCGCCCUCCACCACGCAGAGUGUUUCCUGACUGGCGCCCCCCACCAACAGCACCUCCUGCGUACCCCGCGGCCCCAAAGCCUUCCCAGCCACCAGCUCAAACCACUAUGGAGACGCCCCCUGGUGCUCCCAAAUCUGUGCAGGAAAUCCCUCACGGUCGUUCCCCAUCUCCUCCCCCUCCCCCUCAUGUCAAGCGCAAAUUUAACCCGCCUCCUUCUCCACCAAAACGACACGGAUCCAUCUAUAUCAAUGCAUGGGAUACGGACACCACCAUUCAACGUUAUGCGUCUGUGCUACAGGGACGGUCUAGUCACAUUCUCCCUCAACCGUGGCCUACCCAUCCCGGCCAAGAGGCCCAGGCUUCUAAGGAUCGAAAAGGCAAAGAAAGGAGAAAGGAAGAGGACGAGGAGGAAGAGGACGAUUACACUAAUUGGAUUGAACGGGCAGAGGCGAGCAGCCGAGAUGGCGACGAUGAGGAUGAUGAAGGAGAAUCGCCCGUUCUGAGUCCCAGGUCUGCAGCCCGUCGACGAGCCGCAAAAGCGAAAGGUAAAAUUUACUGUCACCAAGGCGUUCAGACGGACACGAAAGUAACCGAAUCUCGAGGUGUGCAAGUUGAUAUGUAUACGAAGCGUCCUGGUUUGGAUACCACGCCACGACGCCACUCGUCUACUGGAACGAGUCCCUCAACAGCAAACCCACUCCUCAUCAAAGCCAAGAGAACUUUCACGCCACCGGUUGGGAUCAUCUAUGGCUCGCCCUCGGUUCCCCCACCGGAACCCACUCACGAGUCAAAGUCGCAGGAAAUAGGGGACGAGUCUGCAUAUCGCCCUUCGGAGGCGUUUAAUGCUCGUGCGGCGUUUGUCAAGGAAGAGGCUGAUAUCGGCUCUCCUGUGACGCCCAUACUACGCAAGCGCGAUUCUUCAGAGGACAGUGAGACGACCGCGGCAGACUCUAGCAUCAUCUCUUCACCGACCAAGGAGGUCGAAGAGGUUGGAACGCCUCGUGUGAGCAUCCACGGCUCCGAAGCUGUUGUCGGACGACUUCCGAGUGGAAGUUCAGUUGGACCUCGGCGUGCCAUGAGAGUCUUCUCCCCUACUACCGGCGUCGAAAUUUUCAAGCGUGGUUCUGAGGAGGUACUUGCGCGCUUCUUGAUGCAGCAACCGCCUGGUUGGGAUACUGCUCGUCAAGCUGAUCCUGGGCCCCCUACUCCAUCUGCUAUUCACUAG